CAAGAAAGGCACACGCAGCACCCCUUCCCCCACCUCUACCCGCUCUCUCGCCACUUCCCCCGCCUUACCGCACCUGGCAACAGUUCGCUAUCUUCCUCAUUCUUCCUCUGUUUUUCUCCAUCUUCUCCUUCUCCUUCUUCGCUGUGCUUCUAUCGUGGUGGUGGUCUCGCGAUGUCUCUCCCUCCCUACCUGAUGUCUAUCGCUACGUUCGGCGUUCUGGUCCUACGGCACUCCUAGUCCAGUCCAUCCUCACAACUCCCUCUUCGCUUUCUUCUCUAACUUACCAUAUGUUGUUCCCAUCCACUGCUGCCUCUCCCUCUCCCUGACCCUUACUCCCCUCCACACCUCCCCCUCCCCUCCCCUCUCUGUCCACUCUUUCUCCGCUGCGAUGACGGACCCUGCUAAUGACGACGAUGACUAUGACUUGAAGGACGAGGAGCUCGUCGACUUUGAGGGCUCCGACUAUGGCUUCGAAUCUGGCGAAGACGAAGACGAUGAGUUAGAACCAACUACUAAUCCUCCCUCCUCCAUCACCAUUACCACAAAGGGUGGAUUCGGCAGUGUCGAAAUUGAGAAUGAGAAAGAUGCUGCUCAAGUGGACGGAGUGCUUGUGCAACCUCCCGUUGUAGACCAUCAACCUAGGGACAAAUUGUUGCCCCCUAAGCCUGACCUUGAGGAUGGCGAGCUUGACGACGCUGCCAUGCCCGAGGGUUGUGACCCUGAAGCAGUAUCCAAUGGUGGAGACGAUGACGAAGGUGAGAAUGAUCGGCGUGAGCCAAAACGUAGGAAAGAUCGAUAUGCUGCGGAGAGGCAAUUGGAAAAUAAGGAAAGAAGAGAUGCGGAUGAAUCGGCUCUUGUGCACAGCAGGCAGCACAGAGGGCGGGGAAGCGACAAAAUGCAUGGAAGUCAGAGGAAUAACUAUUUUAGAGGCACAAGAGGUGUCAAUGCAGCGCCCUUUCAUCGAGGGAAUUCUGGACCAGGCAUUAUGGGUCCAGGAAGACCUCCAGUCCCAAUGGAGUAUGGGGGGCAUAUGCCAUUGCGACCUAUUGACCGAGGAUUUCCACGACCCAUCGGAGGGAUGGUGGCACCUGGAAGACUGAAUCAUAGUGAGCAGAUGCAAAAUCAAAUUAGAGAUAGCAUGGCUGUUCAAGGACAUAUAUUACGGUAUCAACAAUGUGUGCAAUUAGCACAAGAAGUCCAACAAGCCCAAGCCCAGGCUCAGGCUCAUGCGCAAGCUCAAGCUCAAGCUCAAGUCCAAGCCCGAGCACAUGCUCAUGCGCAAGCGCAAGCUCAAGUUCAAGCCCGAGCACAUGUUCAUGCUCACUCCCAAGGACAUGUGCAUGCUCAUGCUCACGCCCAGGCCCAGGUCCACAUGGCUAAUUCUGAGGCACUUCGAGCUUCCAUGAAUAGUUCCACCAUGCGGCCUAUGAUGGGUCUGGAGCUCAUAGGAGGACAAGUACAGGCAUCGCAUGGUAUAAUGGAUUUACAUGUUCAAACACCUGACUCGGGACAACAGAUGAAUUUCCUUCGGCCUUUAGAAGGUUUUGGGUCUAGAGUUCCACAAAAUACUGAUUUCGCUGCAGGUCGAGGCAGCAUUGGGUCGCAUCUGUUGAACCAGUCAAGUAACCGAGAUCGAGCAGCUGGAAGGCAAAUGAAUGCUUGGCUACCUGCAUCUGCCGUGCAUCACGAGAUUUCAACUAUUUCAGGUGCUCGAGCUAGGGCACAGGGCCAGAGUAGAGGUCAAGUGAUGAGCUCUCUCUGGGGUGAGCCACCUGUAGGUGGUAUUCCCACUGGAUUUCCUUCACCACUUGGAGUCAUUGGUCAUGUAGCUCCUGUCAAUGUAAGUCCAGGUAUAGCUCCUGCCGGAGUAAUAGCUUUGGGAACCCCCAAGAGACAGGGAUCGUUGCCCAUAGUAAUGCCUAGCAGUACUGCAUCUAACAGAGAAAAUCCCAAUGUGAAGAAAGUGGACACUCGUCCUCAGGUCGAUGGCACCUGGAGAACAAACGGUGACAACAGAGGUAGUCUUCAUAAUAAUGGGAAUUCGGCCCCUAGUUCAAGGAAGGACGCUGGUGCAUGGUCUAAAAGCUCAACAGGUCAGACUGGAAGUAAACGAAGUCGGGAAAAUGGGGUUGAUCGUAGGCACAGUUCUGGGAGUUCUGGGACUGGGACAAAGCCUAUUGCUCCUCCAAAUGUAGGAAAUGGUAUGGGAGCUACAGGGAACAAUCUUAUUCGACUUGGUGGUCCUGUCACGAAGAGCAGAGUUUUGUCUGUGAGCGGUUUUCCAGAGAAUACGUCAAUGGCAGUGGUGGUGGAGGCAUUUGAGAAGCAAGGGAAGAUACUGGAUUUUAAGAAAGACGAGAAAGGAAAUGCUUUCCGUAUAACUUUCUCAAGCGUGGAUGAAGCUGUUUCAGCGAAACGAAGUCUUCAUAGGACUCUCUUGAAUGGCCGGCAGAUAACUGUAGAUUACACGGUGCAGAGAUAGUGACUGCCUUGAUAGCCUUUUUUGUACGAUCUAAUAGUAAUGCGACACUCCAACACAUUUUCAUGUUCACUCAAUCUUGGAAUUAUUUGGGUUUUCCAGGACGAAUUCACUAUGUAACCUUUGCAAUUACCAUUGGAUGUUUACUGA